AUUUUAAGCGAUAAUUUAUGUUUUUAAUUGCUCCCAAUGGGGGACUUAGAUUGUCUUCCGAUGAUUUCGUUUUACGAAGUCGGUGAUCACGUGAGUGUGGUUACAUUGAUGAUCCUCCAUUCAACUUCUGCAAGUUAGCGAGGUCAGUUGAGUUAAUUAGCUGCCUCCGUUGACGGUGGCCACAGCUUCCUCCGUCAAUUUCAUUCCAGGUGCGCUCUACCAAUCUUUAGGGCUCGAUUUUGCUCUUUUUAGGCUCGGUUUUCCUCUCUAGAUAAUUCUUUGCAGAUUUUUUCCUUCCUUCAAGAACAAGAAGCCAAGAGGAGAAGACUGUUGAAGGAUUUGAAACAAGUUGAAAGAGUGCUAUCAAAUCAAGAAGUUUUGAGUGUUGUAUAGGUUCUCCAAAUGGAGGAGCACCAGAAAAAGGAGAGGAACAAGUACAGUAUAAUUAUCCCCACCUACAAUGAGCGUCUCAACAUUGCCCUUAUUGUCUAUCUCGUCUUCAAGCACCUCCAGGAUGUUGAUUUUGAAAUAAUUGUUGUGGAUGAUGGGAGUCCAGAUGGGACUCAAGAUAUUGUAAAACAGUUGCAGCAAGUUUACGGUGAAGAUCGCAUUCUAUUACGAGCUAGACCUAAGAAGCUUGGUUUAGGGACAGCUUAUUCUCAUGGCUUGAAGCAUGCAUCUGGCAAUUUUGUUGUAAUUAUGGAUGCUGAUUUAUCACACCAUCCAAAGUAUCUUCCGAGCUUCAUCAAAAAACAGAUGGAGACUGGUGCAAGUAUUGUUACUGGAACCCGAUAUGUUAGAGGUGGUGGUGUGCAUGGGUGGAAUCUUAUGCGAAAACUGACCAGUAGGGGAGCCAAUGUUCUCGCACAAACGCUAUUGUGGCCUGGUGUAUCAGAUUUGACUGGAUCUUUCCGGCUUUAUACGAAAUCUGUCCUGGAAGAUGUCAUUAACUCAUGCGUUAGUAAGGGUUAUGUCUUUCAAAUGGAGAUGAUUGUCAGGGCUUCCAGAAAAGGCUAUCAUAUUGAAGAGGUUCCUAUUACUUUUGUUGAUAGAGUAUAUGGAAGUUCAAAGCUUGGCGGAUCUGAAAUUGUCGAAUACCUAAAAGGCCUGGUGUAUCUUCUAAUGACAACUUGAUGUGCGCCAGAAGUAAUUAUCCAUAGCUUCUUCUUACCCAGUUUUUGCUGAUUAUCUGAAUGAGCUUCUCGAUCUAAUUUUAAAAUGAGGAUACAGAUCGGGCUACAGAUGUUUUUCUUUCUGUAAACGGUUUGCCAUCUUGGCAGUUUUAAAACAGUAUAUCUUGAAUUUUUUUUUUUUUGAAGUAAUUGAGGAGUUCCAUGAUAUUUACGGAUUUUU